AUGAUUCUCAUCUUCGUUGUGAAUAUUCUCCUUCUACUUUGCUUAUCACGACGUACUCGCGCUCAGGGUACUGCCAACUUCAGCAUAUCGUUUGCGUCGCCGAACGCAAAAGAAGUGGGCUUUUCGGCGCAGGGCUCCUCUGUCCAGUCCAAUGAGCUCGAUGCCUCCAUCGAGCUUCCGCUGCCAGCGGGUACACAGAGCGUAUACGUCCAGGGUCUGGCGCAACCCGAUGGCGCGCAAGCAGCUGCUUGUAUCGACUGUAUCUUCGUUGAUGAGAAGCUUGUCGGGAUGUUCCAGGCAUUUGACACUUCGACUAUUGAUGGAAGUACGCAGCUGAGAACACUCGCUGGCCCUUACUUCCUCGACCCAGAUGUCACACAUAAUCUGACGAUCAUCAACACGGACACCGAUCCCAACAAAACCCUCACUCUUGACUCUCUCUUCCUGACCAUUCAAACAUCAUCUACAACUACCACAACUACCACUGCUACUUCAAGUGGCACUGCCACUGCCUCUGCGCCCACACAGCCCUCGUCGAUGUCCUCCCCCUCCCCCUCGGCGUCGCAGAGCGCAGUCCCAAGCGCCACUGCAUCGUCAAGCGCGGCGGCUACGGGUGAUACGUCUCAACAACGUAUCCUCGCCAUCGUGUUGUCAACGGUCCUUGGCAGCAUCGCCCUCUUCGCCCUGCUGUUCAGCAUCUUCUGCCUUCGUCGACGGCGUCGCAAGCGUCCGCCAGCUGGGAGGAUAAGCGGUGACGCGUCCAGCAGUGCACCGGUCUUAGGACCAGCCUCGAGCGACACGUCCAAUGUGACGAUCAUCUCCGCCGCGGAGGCGGGUAUUGUGUCCGCAGUACGCCCACUACCACAAAUGCCGCAGAUGCGGGAAGCAGAGACGCCAGCGCCGCCAUCAGCGAAUCAGCGCGUCAAGCCACUCCCACCCGUUCCCUCGCCUCCACGCUCGCAACAGACGCCCAUCCCAUCCACUCCACGGACACCGCAGACGCCUGCAUCAUCAAGCUCGCUCUAUUCAUCAUCUUCUCCGCGCCUCUCGACACGGCCACCAUCCGGUCAGCCGAGCUCGUAUCGUUCCUCUGGGUCGCCACGCAGGACUGGCUCUACGAACCUGCGCCGCUUGUCCUCGAAUAGGGCGUUGCGCCAGUAUCCACCGAUGCCGAUGCCGAUGCCACCCAAUACGAAUGUCUCGCAUCUCUCUCAGCUGCCAAAAGAGUGGCAGUUCUAUGCGGAUCCAGUGCUCCCCCGCGAGGCUGGCUCGCCUCGACAUCUACACAGCCCUUCCGUGUAUAGUCUGGGCUUUGCCGAACGCGACCGUAUAGAGCACGAACGUGUCAACAGCGGGAUCGGAGGUCGAGAAGAAGGUGAUGUGGGGGGCGGUUUCGGCUUCAGGUUGAGUAGAGGGACCAUCGUCUACCCCAUGACACCGAGCGCCAGCGGGGAGGGAUUACCAGAUGAAUGGGAGCCGUAG